AUGGGGCGGGAGAUGCUGUGCGCCGAGAACGAGGGUGGGGAUGAUGAAGUGGUCCUGCAGUGUGUGGCCUGCAUCCAGAAGGAGAAUCGUAAGUUCUGCUUGACCGCUGAGGGGCUUGGCAAUCGGCUGUGUUACCUGGAGCCCACAUCAGAGGCAAAGUUUGUACCUCCAGACCUGUGCAUCUGCAACUUUGUGCUGGAACAGUCUCUGUCAGUGCGGGCCCUGCAGGAGAUGCUGGCGAAGAGCGGACAGAACAGUGAAGGGAUGCUCGGUCUGGACCAGUGGAGGCUCGUAAGGAAGGCUGCGCAGGGCGGCGGACACAGAACGCUGCUAUAUGGACAUGCAAUUCUCCUGCGGCAUUCGUUUAGCUCCAUGUACCUGACCUGUUUGAAGACAUCAAGGUCACAGACAGAUAAGCUGUCGUUUGAUGUGGGCCUGCAGGAAGAUUCAACAGGUGAGGCCUGUUGGUGGACUAUCCACCCCGCCUCGAAACAGAGAUCGGAAGGAGAGAAAGUGCGUAUCGGCGACGACCUCAUCCUCGUUAGCGUCUCCUCAGAGCGAUAUCUUCACUUGUCCAUUUCCAAUGGCAACAUCCAAGUGGAUGCCUCCUUCAUGCAAACGCUGUGGAAUGUCCACCCCACCUGCUCCGGCAGCAGUAUAGAGGAAGGCUAUCUGCUCGGUGGCCAUGUGAUGCGUCUGUUCCAUGGUCAUGAUGAGGUACUGACCAUCCCAGGGUCAGACCAGAGUGAAGAACAACAGAGGAUAGUCAACUAUGAGACGGGUAAAGCUGGUGCCAAGGCCAGGUCCCUGUGGAGGCUGGAGCCGCUCAGAAUCAGCUGGAGCGGCAGCCACAUUCGUUGGGGUCAGCCCUUUCGACUGCGCCAGCUGACCACCGGCCACUACCUGGCCCUGACAGAGGACAAGGGGGUGGUGCUGCAGGACCGCGAGAAGUCUGAUACUGCCUCCACUGCCUUCUGUUUCAGAGCCUCCAAGGAGAAGCUCGAGCAGAGCCCCAAGCGAGACAUUGAGGGCAUGGGGGUGGCGGAGAUCAAGUACGGUGACUCGCUCUGCUUCGUCAUGCACGUGGCCACGGGGCUCUGGCUCUCCUACCAGGCACCGGAUGUCAAAUCGUCACGGCUAGGACCCCUCAAGAGACAAGCUUGCCUCCACGUAGAGGGUCACAUGGAUGACGGGCUGACCCUGCAGCGCUGUCAGCACGAAGAGUCCCGUGCUGCUCGCAUCAUCCGCAACACCACCCGUCUCUUCAGCCGGUUCAUCAGGGACCUGGACUGUCUAGGGGUGAAGAACAGGGCAUCAGUGGCGCUGCCUAUCGAGGAGGUGCUCCAGACUCUCAAUGACCUCAUCACCUACUUCCAGCUCCCAGAUGCUGAGUUGGAGCACGAAGAGAAGCAGAUCAAGCUUCGGUCACUCAAAAACCGGCAGAAUCUCUUCAAACAGGAAGGUAUGUUGACUUUGGUGUCCAACUGCAUCGAUCGCCUAAAUGUUUACAACAGUGCAGCCCACUUCGGGGAGUGUGCUGGGGAAGAGGCCGGGGCAGCCUGGAAAGAUAUCCUCAACCUGCUGUAUGAACUCCUGGCAGCGUUGAUCCGAGGGAAUAGAAACAACUGCACCCAGUUCUCCAACAACUUGGACUGGCUUGUCAGUAAGCUGGAGAGACUGGAAUCGUCUUCAGGCAUCCUGGAGGUUCUCCAUUGCAUUCUAAUUGAGAGCCCCGAAGCCCUCAACAUCAUCCAGAGAGGACAUAUCAAGUCCAUCAUCUCACUGCUUUACAAGCAUGGACGCAACCACAAGAUUCUGGACGUGCUCUGCUCUCUGUGUGUGUGUAAUGGUGUGGCCGUGCGAACCAAUCAAAACCUAAUAUGCGAUCACCUGCUCCCCAAGAGAGAUCUGCUCCUCCAGACCCGAUUGGUUAAUGAUGUCCAUAGUAUGAGGCCCAACAUCUUUCUAGGAGUGAGCGAGGGCUCAGCCCAGUAUAAGAAGUGGUAUUAUGAGCUGAUGAUCGACCUGGUGGACCACUUUGUGACGGGUGAUCCUUCCCACCUGAGGGUGGGCUGGGCCAACACUAAAGGCUAUGCUCCCUAUCCUGGAGGGGGAGAGGGCUGGGGAGGCAACGGGGUGGGUGAUGACCUCUAUUCCUAUGGAUUUGAUGGACUCCACCUCUGGUCAGGUCGUAUACCGCGGGCGGUGGCGUCCAUGAACCAGCACGUUCUGACCUCAGAUGAUGUGGUGAGCUGUUGUUUGGACUUGGGAGCCCCCAGCAUCUCCUUCAGGAUCAACGGACAGCCCGUUCAGGGCAUGUUCGAAAACUUCAACACCGACGGUCUCUUCUUCCCCGUUGUCAGCUUCUCUGCAGGCGUCAAGGUUCGUUUCUUGUUGGGGGGUCGGCAUGGUGACUUCAAGUUCCUGCCUCCAUCCAGCUACGCUCCAUGCUACGAGGCCCUGCUGCCGAAAGAGAAGAUGAGAGUGGAGCCAGUGAAAGAGUACAAGAGAGAUGUGGAUGGGGUGCGAGACCUGCUGGGCACUACCCAGUUCAUGUCCCAGGCCUCUUUCAUCCCCACUCCAGUGGAAACCAGUCAGAUUAUCAUGCCUCCCCAUCUAGAGAAGGUUCGGGACAAAUUGGCUGAGAACAUCCACGAACUCUGGGGCAUGAACAAGAUUGAGCUGGGCUGGUCCUAUGGCAAGAGGAUAAGGGACGAUAAUAAGAGGCACCAUCCAUGCCUGGUGGAUUUCUCCAAGCUGCCAGAGACGGAAAAGAACUACAAUCUGCAGAUGUCCACGGAAACCCUGAAGACCCUGCUGGCAUUAAGCUGUCACGUAGUCCAGGUCAAUCCAAAUGCUGAGGAAAACCUAAAAAAAAUAAAACUCCCUAAGAACUACAUGAUGUCCAACAGUUACAAGCCCACGCCUCUGGACCUGUCUGACAUAAAGCUAACCCCGGGCCAGGAACUGCUGGUGGAUAAGCUGGCAGAGAACGCACACAACGUUUGGGCAAAAGACCGCAUCAAACAGGGCUGGACCUAUGGCAUACAGCAGGAUCUGAAAAGUAAGCGCAAUCCACGCCUGGUUCCCUAUGCACUACUGGAUGAGCGCACCAAGAAAUCCAACAGGGACAGUCUCCGUGAGGCGAUCCGCACUCUGAUUGGCUACGGAUACAACAUUGAACCCUCAGACCAGGAAGGCGGUCACGUGGUGGAACGACUGAGCAUUGAUAAGAUCCGCUUCUUCAGAUUGGAGAGGACCUAUGCGGUUAAGGCUGGAAAAUGGUACUUUGAAUUUGAGGCAGUGACGGGAGGAGACAUGAGAGUGGGCUGGGCCAGACCAGGCUGUAAACCAGAUGUAGAACUAGGCACAGACGAUCUGGCUUUUGUCUUUGAUGGACACAGGGGCCAUCGACUGAACAUGGGCAGCCGUUUCUUUGGGCGGUGUUGGCGUGUUGGAGAUGUGGUGGGCUGUAUGAUCAACUUGGAGGACAAGUCCAUGAUCUUCACCCUUAAUGGAGAGAUCCUCAUCACCAACAAGGGCUCUGAACUCUGUUUUGCUGACUUUGAGAUUGAGGAUGGGUUCAUUCCAGUGUGCAGCUUGGGUCUGGCCCAGGUUGGCCGUAUGAAUCUGGGAAAAGAUGCUAGUACCUUUAAGUACUACACCAUGUGUGGCCUCCAGGAGGGAUUUGAACCUUUUGCUGUCAACAUGAACCGAGAGGUCACCAUGUGGUUCAGCAAGCGUCUGCCCACCUUCGUCAACGUGCCAAAGGACCAUAACCACGUAGCCGUAACAAGGAUUGAUGGCACCAUCGACAGUCCUCCAUGUCUUAAAGUCAGCCACAAGACGUUUGGCACUCAGAACAGUAAUGCUGACAUGGUGUUCUGUCGACUCAGCAUGCCUGUGGAGUUCCACUCCGUCUUCAAGAUCAGCCCCGUCAUGGACGUGAACGGAGUCCACGAGGAGGAGUCUCUUAAAGUCAAGCACAGAUAUAUACUGAGAUCUGUGAAGCACAGUGAUGAAGCCAGACGAGUGGACUACAGUAGUAUCACCACGUACUACCACUCAGUCAGGGUGUUUGCCGGUCAAGACCCUGCCGGGGUGUGGGUGGGCUGGGUUACCCCGGACUACCAUUACUAUAGUACCAACUUCAACCUCAGCAAGAACCGGACAGUGACGGUUACGCUUGGUGAUGAACGUGGACGGGUCCACGAAAGUGUGAGGAGGAGUAACUGUUACAUGGUGUGGGGGGGUGAUGUCACCAGUGCGGCCCACUCCACCGGUCGUAACAACGUGGAUCUGGAGAUUGGCUGUCUGAUAGACCUGGCCACUGGUCUGGUGGCCUUUACUGUCAAUGGCAAAGAGAUCUCCACUUCCUACCAGGUGGAACCAAACACCAAGCUCUUCCCAGCCGUGUUUGUACGACCUACCAGCCCCAACCUCUUCCAGUUUGAACUAGCUAAAAUUAAGAAUGCCAUGCCCCUUUCGUCGGCCAUUUUUAAAAGUGAACAUAAAAACCCAGUGCCUCAGUGUCCACCCCGUCUGGAUGUCCAGACCAUCAGUGCAGUGCUGUGGAGCCGAAUGCCCAACACGUUCCUAAAGGUGGAGACGGCCAGGGUCAGUGAGAGACAUGGCUGGGUAGUCCAGUGUGUGGAGCCCCUGCAGAUGCUGGCUGUACACAUACCUGAGGAAAACAGAUGUGUAGACAUCAUGGAGCUGUCUGAGCAGGAAGACAUGAGGACGUUCCACUACCACACCUUGAAGCUCUACUGUGCACUCUGUGCAUUGGGAAACACCCGCGUGGCCCACGCCCUCUGUGGUCACCUGGACCAGUCGCAGCUCUUGUACACCAUUGAUAACCAAUAUCUGUCAGGCAUGUUGCGCGAGGGCUUCUACAGUGUCCUGAUCAGCAUCCACCUGGAGACGGCCAAAGAGGCACGCCUCAUGAUGAACAACGAGUUCAUCAUCCCCGUCACAGCAGAGACUCGCUCCAUCCGCCUUUUCUCCGAUGCCUCCAAACGGCACAACCCUCCGGGGGUGGGGCUCAGCACCUCGCUUAAGCCUCGUCUCAACUUUGCCCCGCCCUGUUUUAUCAGCACCAAACGGGAGCAGCACCUCUACAGUCCCCAAAUCCCAUUGGACGUAUUAAAGGAGAAAGCCAUUUCUAUGUUGACGGAGGCUGUUCAAGGUGGCGGGCACCACAUUCGAGAUCCCGUAGGGGGCAGUGUGGAGUACCAGUUUGUGCCAAUCUUGAAGCUGAUUAGCACAUUGCUCACUAUGGGUGUUCUAGGAAGUGUGGACGUUCAUAAGAUCUUACUCCUCAUUGACCCUAACGUGUUCGGGGAAAUGUGGGAGGAGACAGCAACCGAGGCCACUGAAAAAGAGGGGCUUACGGGGGCAGAGGAGAAGGCAGUGGAGGCUGGAGAGGAGGAGGCAGCUAAAGAGGCUAAACAGCCGAUGAAAGGCCUGCUGGAGAAGAGGCUACCUGAGCCGGUCAAACGUCAGAUGUGUGAGCUACUCCACUAUUUCUGCGACUGCGAGCUGAAACAUCGCAUCGAGGCCAUCGUGUCGUUCUCCGACAGCUUCGUCUCCAAACUGCAGUACAACCAGAAGUUCCGCUACAACGAGCUGAUGCUGGCCCUCAACAUGUCUGCUGCUGUAACUGCUAAGAAGACCAAAGAAUUUCGCUCACCUCCUCAAGAACAGAUCAAUAUGCUUCUGAACUUCAGCAUGGGGGAGGACUGUCCAUGUCCAGAGGACAUCCAGGAAGAGCUGUACGGUUUCCACAAUGAGCUGCGGCUCCACUGUGGAAUCCCUAUGGAGGAAGAGGAAGAGGAGCAGGAUACAUCUAUUAAAGGUCGCCUUCUGGCCCUGGUUUGCAAAAUCAAAGGCCCAUCCCAGAAAACAGAAGAGAAGCCUACAGAAAAGGAAGAAGCUGCACCAUCCAACCUGAAGGAGCUGAUCUCGCAGACCAUGGUGAGCUGGGCCCAGGAGUGUCACAUCCAGGACCCGGAGCUGGUCCGCAAGAUGUUCAGCCUGUUAAGGAGGCAGUACGACAGCAUCGGGGAGCUGCUCCGGGCUAUGAGGAAGAGUUACACCAUCAGCGCGGCCUCGGUCCAGGACACCAUCAACCUGCUGGCCUCCCUGGGUCAGAUCAGGUCUUUGCUGUCCGUGCGUAUGGGGAAGGAAGAGGAAAAGCUCAUGAUCGAUGGACUGGGUGACAUCAUGAACAACAAGGUCUUCUAUCAGCACCCCAAUCUGAUGAGAGUGCUCGGCAUGCAUGAGACUGUCAUGGAAGUGAUGGUCAAUGUGUUGGGUGGGGACAAGUCACAGGAAAUCGCCUUCCCCAAGAUGGUGGCCAGCUGCUGUCGUUUUCUGUGCUAUUUCUGCCGGAUCAGCCGUCAGAACCAGAAGGCCAUGUUUGACCAUCUUAGCUACCUCCUGGAGAACAGCAGUGUGGGCCUGGCUUCUCCAUCGAUGAGAGGAUCCACGCCUCUAGAUGUGGCUGCCUCUUCAGUCAUGGACAACAACGGCCUGGCUUUGGCCCUGGAAGAACCUGACCUAGACAAGGUGGUGACCUACUUGGCAGGCUGUGGCCUCCAGAGUUGUCCCAUGCUCCUCGCUAAAGGAUACCCAGACAUCGGCUGGAACCCCAUCGAGGGAGAACGUUACCUCUCCUUUCUACGCUUCGCUGUGUUCGUUAACGGGGAGAGUGUGGAGGAGAACUCCAGUGUGGUGGUCAAGCUGCUGAUCCGUCGUCCUGAAUGUUUUGGCCCUGCCCUGAGGGGAGAGGGGGGGAACGGCUUGCUGGCAGCCAUGAAGGAGGCCAUCAAGAUUUCAGAGACUCCAGCUCUGGACCUGCCAGGCUCUGUGCAGGGAGUCAGCUCAGACGCGUCUGCUGAUGGUGAUGACGAGGAGGAGGUAGUCCACAUGGGUAAUGCCAUCAUGUCCUUCUACUCUGCCCUCAUUGACCUGUUGGGACGCUGUGCCCCGGAGAUGCACCUGAUAAACAAGGGGAAAGGAGAAGCCCUGCGAAUCCGUGCCAUCCUGCGCUCCCUGGUGCCCACUGAGGACCUAGUUGGCAUCAUCAGCAUACCCCUGAGAAUGCCAAUCAUCAACAAAGAUGGGUCGGUGACUGAGCCAGACAUGUCAGCCAAUUUCUGUCCAGACCACAAGGCCCCCAUGGUGCUGUUUUUGGACAGGGUGUAUGGUAUUGAGGACCAGAGCUUCCUUCUACACCUGCUGGAGGUGGGCUUUCUGCUGGACCUGAGGGCCUCUGCUUCACUGGACACGGAAGGUUUGCGUACCACCGAGACAGCGCUGGCCAUGAACCGCUACAUCGGCUCUGCCAUGUUGCCGCUCCUCACCCGCUGCGCCCCCCUCUUUGCUGGCACCGAGCACUACGCCGCACUCAUAGACUCCACCCUGCACACCAUCUAUCGCCUCUCCAAGGGCCGCUCGCUCACCAAGGCCCAGAGAGAUGCAAUAGAGGAGUGCCUGCUGGCCGUCUGCAAGUACCUUCGUCCCUCCAUGCUGCAGCAGCUGCUACGUCGCCUUGUCUUUGACGUGCCCUUGCUGACCGAAUACUGCAAGAUGCCUCUCAGGCUGCUAACCAACCACUACGAGCAGAACUGGAAGUACUAUUGCCUGCCCUCAGGCUGGGGCAGCUACGGCAUGGCCUCCGAUGAGGAGCUGCUCCUCACCAAGAAGAUCUUCUGGGGCGUGUUUGAUUCUCUCUCCCAGAGGAAAUACGACCCGGAGCUCUUCAAGAUGGCCAUGCCCUGCCUCAGUGCUAUAGCUGGAGCUCUGCCCCCAGACUACGUGGAUGCUUCUAUAAGUACAACCGUGGAAAAGCCUGUGUCUGUAGAUGCUCAGGGCAACUUUGACCCCAAACCCAUCAAUACAGCCAACAUUUCACUUCCAGAGAAGCUGGAGCACUUUGUCAACAAAUACGCAGAGCAUUCCCAUGAAAAAUGGUCGGCAGAAAAGGUGAUGCUGGGCUGGAAGUAUGGGGACUGUGUAGAUGAGAAGGCCAAGACUCACCCUCAGCUCAGGACAUACAAGGCCCUGACAGAGAAGGAGAAGGAGAUCUAUAGAUGGCCAAUAAGAGAGUCUCUGAAGAGCAUGUUAGCUAUGGGCUGGAACAUUGACAGGACCAAGGAUGGAGAGAGCAUGUCUCAACAGCGGGAAAGUGAGAAGAUGCGUAAGAUCUCCCAGACCUCGCAGGCAAAUGGCUUCAACCCAAGUCCAAUAGACACCAGUAAUGUGGUUCUGUCGAGAGAAUUGCAGGCUAUGGUGGAGGUGGUGGCUGAAAAUUAUCAUAACAUCUGGGCCAAGAAGAAAAAGAGUGACCUUGGAAGCAGAGGUGGAGGAACACACCCUCUGUUGGUGCCCUAUGACACGCUGACAGCCAAAGAGAAAGCCCGUGAUCGAGAGAAGGCUCAAGACCUUUUUCGCUUCCUGCAAAUCAAUGGCUAUUCCAUCACAAGAGGUCUGAAGGACAUGGAGCAGGACUCCUCUUCUAUGGAGAAGAGGUUCGCGUACAAGUUCCUCAAGAAGCUGCUCAAGUAUGUUGACUCGGCCCAGGAGUUCAUCGCCCACCUGGAGGCCAUGGCUUCCAGUGGAAAAACAGAUAGGUCACCUCAUGAGCAAGAAAUCAAGUUCUUUGCCAAAGUUCUCCUCCCUCUCAUCGAUCAAUAUUUCAAGAACCACUCCCUCUACUUUCUCUCCUCACCCAACAAGAACCUGAGCAGCAGUGGGUACGCCUCCAAUAAGGAGAAGGAGAUGGUCACUAGCCUGUUCUGUAAACUGGCAGCUCUUGUCAGACAUAGGAUUUCCCUCUUUGGAAGUGAUUCCACCACCAUGGUGAGCUGUCUUCAUAUUCUGGCUCACACCUUGGACACCAGGACGGUGAUGAAGUCGGGGUCGGAGUUGGUGAAGGCGGGUCUGAGGACGUUCUUUGAGAACGCUGCAGAAGACUUGGAAAAGACCUUCGAGAACCUGAAGCUGGGGAAGUUCACUCACUCCCGCUCCCAGAUGAAGGGGGUAUCUCAGAACAUCAACUACACCACCGCCGCCCUGCUCCCUAUACUCACCGCCCUGUUUGAACACAUCACUCAGCACCACUUUGGAGUGGACCUGCUAUUGGAUGAUGUCCAAGUGUCCUGCUAUCGAAUCCUAACCAGCCUGUAUGCCCUGGGCACUGGGAAGAACAUCUACGUAGAAAGGCAGCUGCCAGCUCUGGGGGAGUGUUUAGCCACCCUGGCCGGGGCCACGCCCGUAGCCUUCCUGGAGCCAAUGCUCAACACAUACAACCCCUGCUCCGUCUUCAACACAAAAACCGUCCGUGAACGAGCCAUCCUAGGCAUGCCAGACUCAGUUGAGGACAUGUGUCCUGAGAUGCCGAGCCUGGACGGUCUGAUGAAGGACAUCAAUGACAUGGCCGAAUCCGGGGCGCGUUACACUGAGAUGCCCCAUGUCAUCGAGGUGGUGCUGCCCAUGCUAUGCAACUAUCUGUCCUACUGGUGGGAGAGAGGGCCAGAGAACCAGCCGGCCAGUGGGGACAGCAUCUGCUGCACCACCGUCACCUCGGAGCACCUCAGCCUCAUCCUCGGCAACAUCCUCAAGAUCCUCAACAGCAACCUGGGCAUAGAUGAGGCUUCCUGGAUGAAGAGGAUCGCAGUUUACGUGCAACCCAUUAUCAGUAAGGCCCGAGCCGACUUGCUGAAGACCCACUUCCUGCCUACGCUGGAGAAGCUGAAGAAGAAGACGGUGAAAGUAGUAGCUGAAGAGGAGCUGCUGAAGGCAGACAGUAAAGGAGACACCCAGGAGGCUGAAUUGCUCAUCCUGGAUGAGUUUGCCGUGCUGUGUAGGGACCUCUACGCCUUCUAUCCCAUGCUUAUCCGCUAUGUGGACAACAACAGGUCCAGGUGGCUUAAAGAACCAAAUGCAGACUCCAACGAGCUCUUCAAAAUGGUGGCUGAGAUCUUUAUCCUCUGGUGCAAAUCACAUAACUUCAAAAGGGAGGAGCAGAACUUUGUGGUCCAGAAUGAAAUCAACAACCUAUCCUUCUUGACUGGGGAUAACAAAACCAAGAUGUCCAAGUCAGGAGGGCAAGACCAGGAGAGGAAGCAUAAGAAGAGGCGUGGUGAGUUCUACUCCAUCCAGACCUCCUUGAUUGUGGCUGCCCUGAAGAAGAUGCUGCCCAUCGGCCUCAACAUGUGUACCCCUGGAGACCAGGAGCUCAUCUCUCUCGCCAAGACUCGCUACCUCCUGAAAGACACAGAUGAGGAGGUCAAAGACCACAUACGGCAGAAUCUGCACCUUCAAGAAAAGUCAGAGGACCCGGCAGUGAGGUGGCAGCUGAACCUGUAUAAGGACAUCAUGGUGAGGAGUGGGGGGCCGCCCGACCCUGAGAAGACGGUGGAUCGUAUCCAGAGUAUUUCUGCUGCUGUCUUCAACCUGGAGCAGGUGGAGCAGCCACUGAGAUCCAAGAAAUGCGUAUGGCAGAAGCUGCUGUCCAAGCAGAGGAAGAGAGCAGUUGUGGCUUGUUUCCGCAUGGCUCCUCUCUACAACCUGCCAAGGCAUCGCUCUAUUAACCUCUUCCUCCUGGCCUAUCAGAGAAUAUGGAUAGAGACAGAGGAGUACUCUUUUGAGGAGAAGCUAGUGCAGGACCUUGCAAAAACCCAGCCCAAGGCAGAGGAGGAGGAAGAGGAAGAGGUCGAUAAACAGCCGGACCCACUUCACCAGCUCAUACUGCAUUUCAGCCACAAUGCUCUCACUGAGUGCAGCUCUUUAGAGGAGGAUCCCCUGUACAUUGCAUACGCAGAUAUGAUGGCAAAGAGCUGUGCUGAAGGUGAAGAAGAGGAUGAGGAGGGAAAAGAGAAAACAUUUGAGGAAAAAGAGAUGGAGAAACAGAAGACCCUGUACCAGCAAGCCAGACUGCAUGACCGGGGGGCUGCAGAGAUGGUGCUGCAAAUGAUCAGUGCCAGCAAGGGUCGACUGGGUGCUAUGGUGACGUUUACUCUUAAACUGGGCAUCUCCAUACUCAACGGGGGGAACAUACUGGUCCAGCAGAAAAUGCUGGACUAUCUGAAGGAAAAAAGGGAUGUUGGCUUUUUCAAAAGUCUGUCUGGACUGAUGAUGUCCUGCAGUGUCCUGGACUUGAAUGCUUUUGAAAGGCAAAACAAAGCAGAGGGUCUGGGGAUGGUGACUGAAGAGGGAUCAAUCAACGUGAGUGAGCGGGGUUCCAAGGUGCUGCAGAAUGAUGAGUUCACGAAGGACCUCUUUAGGUUUCUGCAGCUGCUCUGUGAGGGCCACAACAAUGAUUUUCAGAACUUCCUGAGGACACAGACAGGGAACACCACCACAGUCAAUAUUAUCAUCAGCACUGUAGACUACCUUCUCCGUCUCCAAGAGUCAAUCAGUGAUUUCUACUGGUACUACUCUGGUAAAGAUGUAAUGGAUGAAGCUGGGCAGAGGAACUUCUCCAAAGCGCUGGCUGUGGCCAAACAGAUUUUCAACUCUUUAACUGAGUACAUACAGGGUCCAUGUAUUGGAAACCAGCAGAGUCUGGCUCAUAGCAGACUAUGGGACGCAGUCGUUGGCUUCCUUCAUGUUUUUGCCAACAUGCAAAUGAAGUUGUCACAGGACUCCAGUCAGAUUGAAUUACUGAAAGAGCUGCUGGAUUUGCAGAAAGAUAUGAUUGUCAUGAUGCUCUCUCUUCUGGAAGGUAAUGUUGUCAAUGGUACUAUUGGCAAACAAAUGGUUGACACCUUGGUGGAGUCUUCCAGCAAUGUUGAGAUGAUCCUCAAAUUUUUUGACAUGUUCCUCAAGUUGAAAGACUUGACCACUUCAGACAAUUUCAAGGAGUUUGACCCUGACAGCAAGGGUGUCAUCUCAAAAAAAGAUUUUCAGAAGUCCAUGGAAAACCAGAAGCAGUAUUCACAAUCUGAGAUUGAGUUUCUUCUCUCUUGUGCCGAGGCUGAUGAAAACGACAUGUUCAACUACGAGGAGUUUGUGGAGAGAUUUCACGAACCAGCUAAGGAUAUUGGCUUUAAUGUAGCUGUGUUACUAACCAACCUCUCUGAACACAUGCCUCAUGAUGCUCGCCUUUCAACGUUCCUUGAUUUGGCUGAGAGUGUCCUUAGCUACUUCGAGCCUUACCUUGGUCGUAUCGAAAUCAUGGGCGGAGCCAAGCGCAUCGAGAGAGUCUACUUUGAAAUCAGUGAGUCAAGUCGAACUCAGUGGGAAAAGCCUCAGGUCAAAGAGUCCAAACGCCAGUUUAUCUUUGAUGUGGUCAACGAAGGUGGGGAGAGCGAAAAGAUGGAACUCUUUGUCAACUUCUGUGAGGACACCAUCUUUGAGAUGCAGCUAGCCUCCCAAAUUUCAGAGCCAGACCCGGUGGAGAGGCCGGAGGAAGAUGAAGAUGACAACCAGAGUGUAGUGGAGGAGCAAGAGGAGGAAGAUGAAGAAAGCGUUAUGUUUGAGUCUUCCUCGGCCUUUACUAUUGCCUGUGUCUCUAUGAGGAAGAGCCUUGGCCACUUCCGCCAACUACUCACCCUCAAGAGCAUGAGACGGCAAUACAAGAAAUUCAGGAAGAUGAGCGUGAGGGAGAUGGUACGUGGCUUCUUCUCAUUUUUCUGGGUGAUCAUCACAGGCCUCUUCUACUUCCUCUACAGCCUGGUUUGGGGCUUCUUCCACAUCCUAUGGACCACCAUGUUUGGGGGAGGCCUCGUCGAAGGGGCUAAAAACAUGAAGGUGACGGACAUUUUGGGUAACAUGCCAGACCCCACCCAGUUUGGGAUUCAUGGAGAUGUGCUAGAAGUGGAGAAGAUGGAGGCAAGUGAGGCUUCAUCAUUGGCUGAGAUGGGGCAGAUGGUGCAGGGUGAAGCAGCAGAGGCAGACCUCAUGGCUGAGCUGCUCAAUAUCCAGCCCAAGAGAGAAGGCAAGCAUGGGACGGAGCCAGGCCUAGGUGAUGUGUCGGAGGUGGUGGUGGGAGAUGCUCCAUCCAUAGCCAGUGCUGUCAGGCAGAAGAAGGCACAGGAAGCUGCAAAAAAGAGAGCAAUCAAUGGAGACUACAAAGCCGAGUCAGAGAAAGCAGAUUCAGAGGAUGGUGAGAAGAAAGACCGGGACAAGGCCAAAGAGGAAACUCGUCUAGAGCUCCCAGCAGAGGAGAAAAAAGCCCCAAAGAAGAGGCCUGGCCAGAAGAAAGAACCCCCCGAGGCCUUCAUGGCCAGCUUUUUUGCUGGCUUGGAAAUCUACCAGACUAAGAUGCUGAACUACCUUGCCAGGAAUUUCUACAACCUCCGCUUUCUGGCACUGUUUGUUGCCUUUGCCAUCAACUUUAUUCUCCUCUUCUACAAAGUAACUGGCGAUGACUCCUAUGAGGAAGACCCGUGGAAUGGCCGGGGUAGAGUAGGGGAGGAGGAGGAAGGUGCCAUAGAGUACUUUGUGCUGCAAGAGAGCACAGGUUACAUGGCACCAACGCUGCGUUUCCUGGCCAUACUACACACCAUCAUCUCCUUCUUGUGUGUAGUGGGGUACUACUACCUGAAGGUGCCCCUGGUAGUGUUCAAGAGGGAGAAAGAGAUCGCUAGGAAGCUGGAAUUCGAUGGGCUCUACAUCACAGAGCAGCCCUCAGAUGAUGACAUUAAGGGACAAUGGGACAGACUGGUCAUCAAUACCCCUUCAUUCCCCAACAACUACUGGGAUAAAUUUGUCAAACGUAAAGUGAUCAACAAAUAUGGAGACCUGUAUGGAGCAGAGAGAAUAGCCGAGCUGCUUGGGUUGGAUAAGAGUGCCCUGGACUUCAACCCAACGGAGGAGACUGUCGCAAAGGAGGCUUCACUGGUGUCCUGGUUGAGCUCAAUCGAUACAAAAUACCACAUUUGGAAAAUGGGGGUGGUGUUCACAGACAAUUCCUUCCUGUAUCUCGUAUGGUACACCACCAUGUCCAUCCUGGGCCACUACAACAACUUCUUCUUUGCUGCCCACCUAUUAGACAUUGCCAUGGGUUUCAAGACUCUCCGCACCAUCCUCUCCUCUGUCACACAUAAUGGCAAACAGCUGGUGCUGACGGUGGGUCUGCUGGCAGUAGUGGUCUAUCUCUACACUGUGGUGGCCUUCAACUUCUUCAGGAAGUUCUACAAUAAGAGCGAGGAUGACGACGAGCCGGAUAUGAAGUGUGAUGACAUGAUGACUUGCUACCUGUUUCACAUGUACGUUGGCGUGAGAGCAGGAGGGGGCAUUGGGGACGAAAUUGAGGACCCUGCAGGGGACCCCUAUGAGCUGUAUCGUAUCCUCUUUGACAUCACCUUCUUCUUCUUUGUUAUCGUCAUCCUACUGGCCAUCAUCCAGGGUUUGAUCAUUGAUGCCUUUGGGGAGCUGAGAGACCAGCAGGAACAAGUCAAAGAGGACAUGGAGACCAAAUGUUUUAUUUGUGGCAUUGGCAAUGACUACUUUGACACGACGCCCCACGGCUUUGAGACUCACACCUUACAAGAGCACAACUUGGCCAACUACCUGUUUUUCCUGAUGUACCUCAUCAACAAGGAUGAGACAGAGCACACUGGCCAGGAGUCGUACGUGUGGAAGAUGUAUCAGGAGCGUUGUUGGGACUUCUUCCCAGCAGGAGAUUGCUUUCGCAAGCAGUACGAGGAUCAGCUUGGAUAG